AUGGGUAAAUACAGCAGCUCCAAGCCGUCAGCAACCAUAGAACCCUCAGCCAGAAUACAGCCGGCAGCAACCAUAGAACUCUCAGCCAGAAUACAGCUGUCAGCAAUCAUAGAGCCCUCAACAACUAUAGAGCCCUUAGAAACUAUAGAGCCCUCAGAAACUAUAGAGCCCUCAGAAACUAUAGAGCCCUCAGAAACUAUAGAGCCCUUAGCAACCAUAGAGCCCUCAGCAACCAUAAAGAGCUCAGCAACCAUAAAGAGCUCAGCAACAAUUGAACCCUCAGCAACAAUAGAUCCCUCAGCAACAAUAGAUCCCAAAGCAACCUUAGAGUCCUCAGCAAUCAUAGAACCCUCAGCAUCUAUUGAGCCCUCAGAAACUAUAGAGCCCUAA